UUAUUAAUUUAUAUCGUAGUUUACCGGCCACGUGGCAAGUAAAAAGUGAAAUCUAUAAAAACCGAGUUUUGAAGCAAGAAAGUUACUUAAAAUUAACUGAAAAAUUAAAGGAAAUUGAUACAUAUAGUGCCAAGAAGAAAAUAAAUAUGACAUCAAAUUAUCGUAGGGAGCUCAAAAAAGUUUUACGAUAAACAAUAGGAAAUAGCACAAAAAAUGUAUUUUUUGAUUGACAAAAUAAAUGAAUAAAUGAAGAUUGAUAUUCUUGAUUUACCAAAUAUGGAAAUUAUCAAUCAUCAGUCACAUUUAUUUUCAUUCAUAACUGACCGUGUAUGAGAGCCUUAAUAUCGAAGAUUUUUCAAAAUAAUUGUAUACAUUUUGUACAAUAUGCUCACAUGUUGAUGCAAUUACAGUUUUAAAACAAAUUAAUUAUUUUUGACAACCAUAAUAGUUCAUUUAUAAUAUAACCAUAUUUUUAAGUAGGUUUGAAGCAUCAUUUAAACCACACCUAAACAGAAUAUUUUUAGAUUAGAUAGUACCAUAUAUUAUUAUUUAAAACUGAAUAAAUCGGGUUGUUUAUCAUAUGAGUUCAAACUGUUUAGACUUAACAUAAUAAAAUAUAUUCAAAUAAUUUAUUGUUUGUUCAUAAUAUGGAAUUUGAUGGUGGUUCAAAUGGUUUUCAGAAAAACUCAAUUAUUUUUAAUCAAGUGCCCUCAAAGAAAAGAAUCAGAUCAGGAGCUAAUGCUAGAGAAAGAGAUCGAACUCAAAGUGUUAACUCGGCAUUUGAUGUUUUACGGAAUAUGAUACCCAUUGAUCCACCUGAUCGGAAACUAUCUAAAAUAGAAACAUUACAACUGGCUACAAAAUACAUAAAUCAUCUGUCUCAAAUAUUAACUUCUGGAAAUUAUGAACAAGAACACAGUACCACCUAUGAUGUAUGUAUUUUUUGUUUAACUAAUAAAACGAAUUCUUGAAUAGUACUUAUCCAAAAUAACAAAUACUCAAAAGAAUAUAUUUC